AUAUUUCGACGUCAAAUUGUCACAUCUCUUUGUAUUUGUUUUGCUCCACGCUUCACCUCCUCUGUCCCGCAGCUCCCUCUAACGGAAAAAACCCUACCGUCUAGUUCGUGGCGGACGCUGCUUGUGGCAAUGCCUGGAGCGACUAGCCGGGGCUAACAGCAUGUCUGGUGGUGUGGCUGCUGACAUUGAGCCCAGCACAGAGCUGCAUAACCUGCCACAGGCCCUCGCCACCAGCAUCGACCGAGAGGAUCUCGGGGCCAGCACAGACAAGGAAGACACCUUUGGCCUGGGGGUGCUCUGCAUCCACGAAGAAGGCAGCCGGGCUGAGGGCCUCUCAGCCACUCAGCUGGAGGUGGCCUACCGCGAGGCUGGUGGUGGAGCAGCAGUGGGUGCUGGCUGGCUGGACGGCCUGCUGGGCUGCCUCCGCCCAGUCUGGAGCAUCCUGCACAAGACUGACGACCGGCAAGGGCCCGGGGGCGACAGUUGGGAGAUCCCUUUUGAGGCCAUUGGUCAUCUCCAGUUUGUGGGCAGUGGAGCUCAGGGUGCCGUCUUUGUGGGCCAGCUGCAUGAUGAAACAGUGGCCGUCAAGAAGGUCACCAGCUUGGCAGAGACUGACAUCCGGCACCUGCGGAAACUCAACCACCCCAACAUUGUGGCUUUCAAGGGUGUGUGCACUCAAGAGCCAUGCUUCUGUAUAGUGAUGGAAUACUGUCCCUAUGGGCAACUAUACGACGCACUCAAGAAUGGCCGCAUCAUCCCACCAGCCACUGUGGUCGAGUGGAGCAAGCACAUAGCAUCCGGCAUGAACUACCUCCACUCUCGGAGCAUCAUUCACAGGGACCUCAAGUCGCCCAACAUCCUGAUCAGCUACAAUGAUGUGCUGAAGAUCUCGGACUUUGGCACUAGCCGACAAUGGAGUGAGCGCAGCACCAAGAUGUCCUUUGCUGGUACAGUGGCCUGGAUGGCGCCCGAGGUGAUCCGCAAUGAGCCCUGCUCCGAGAAGGUGGAUAUCUGGUCAUAUGGUGUGGUCAUGUGGGAGCUACUCAACUGUGAGACACCGUACAAGGAUGUUGAUUCCAAUGCCAUCAUCUGGGGUGUGGGCAACAACAGCCUGCACCUACCUGUGCCUGCCAGCUGCCCAGAUGGGUUCCGGCUGCUCAUGCGCCAGUGCUGGAGCCCCAAGCCACGAAACCGGCCCUCAUUCCGGCACAUCUUAAUGCACCUGGAUAUAGCAGCUGUGGAGAUCCUGAGCACGCCAAAGGAGAGCUACUUUGCAGCCCAGGCUGGCUGGAAGGAGGAGAUACGGCGCUACAUGCAGAGUAUUCGACAGGAGGGCCAACCCCAGGGUGAGCAGGAACUGAUCCGGCGGCGGCGGGAGGAGCUGCGCCAUGCCCAGGACAUUCGGCUACACUACGAGCGCAAGCUGGAGCGCACCAACAAUCUCUACAUGGAAUUCACGGCCUGCCUGCUGCAGCUGGAGCAGCGCGAGCGUGAGAUCAUACGGCGAGAACAGAGCUUGGAGAUUGGUUCUGGCUACCGGCCCUACAAGAAGCGCAUUGUGCGGCCCCUCAUUAAGGCCCAAGAGCGGUUUGGCAAGAAACGCUCCUACCGGCUUCCCUCGGACCCUCCCAGUCCAGAACCCAUGGAGCAGGCAGCGUCACCAUCCACCAAGGCCCGUUCUCGGAGGGCCACACACCGCCGCAGUGGCUCGGGCAGCAGUGGCUGCCGCAUGGUUGACAGUGAGACACAGACCGAUGCCCUGGAGCUCCUCAGCAGCAGCUCCCCCCCAUCAGUGGCCUCGCCCCAGAGCGAGGAGAAGGACCUGAACAGCAACCAGGCACCACGCGUGGUGCUGCAGCAGCACACAACCAGCGUUCCAGAGGAGGAGUGCUGCCCGGCACUACCUGUGCGUAACAAACGGGCCAUAACUGACAGUGAUGAGUCGCCCACUCGCCUUGGCCCUGGCCAGCAGGAUCUGACUACCUCUGAAGAGGAGGGUGAAGUGGAUGACGAAUACACUGCACGCCAAGGGCAGAUGCGACAGGCAGUGAGUGGCCAGUCUAUCUCCACUCUCAGCUCGGAGGGCAACCUGUCAGAAGAGGAAGGCAACACAAGCGAGUGCUCCAGCUGCCAGCCUGCUGAACUUCUGUCAAGCCUCUCCAACCCGGACAUUCGUGACUGUGGACCGCGCCGUCCACCACCGGGGGUUCCACUUCGUCUCAAGCGGAACCCAUUGCCAACCAUCACUGACACGUACAGCUCGGCCAGCCAGACGUCACGUGUGAACAGCGAGACGGGUCGCACAGAGACCACCGUCUGGUAGACAUCCUGUGUACAGUGUGGUCCAGUUGACUUUGCUUUGUUUUCCAAUGCUCAUGAGACAUUCCAAGUGAACAAAGGGCUCUGGGACCAGCCACAGCUGCUACCCAAUGGCUCCCAUGGAUGUAACACGAUUUUACUUAUUUAUUAUGUUUU